AUUAUUGUUUUCUGCAAUUUCUACGCCUCCAGUCGACUUUGAAAUUGGUACAAUUAACGUUUAGUCACGUUUCAUUUUUAUUAAUUUCUUUUUUUUUAUAUUUUUUCUUUUUUCUUUUUAUUUUACUUUUUUUUUAUUAUUUUUUUUUUAUCAUUACAUUAAUUUUCCCCACCAAUGAAAAAAAGGAAGAAAUUCCCGAAAUUUUACAAAUUCUUUUGUUGGAUGAUGAUUCUGCGCGCUUUUCACGGUGCAAAGCGUUCGCGCAAAAUAAUCCCCCAUAAUAUUUUGUGCCUCGAGGUGAUAUUCCUCUUGGCUUUCUUAUUUUAGUACAAAUCGAACAAUCCCCGUGAAUUUAACCGGAAGUGGAAAAUUGAAAUUUUUUUUUUUUUAUUCAACGAAUUAGUAAAAAAAAAAAUUAAAAAAAAACAAUGUAAAUAAAUAAAGUGCUAACAUAUAUUAAAACAUAAAAAAAAAAAAAAAUUAAAAGAAGAAAAAAAUUAUUUAUUAUAAAUUAUAAUUAUUUAUAGUGUGUAAAAGUAACAAAUAAUAAAAAGAAAUUAUAUUUUAUAUAAUAAAUAAAAAAAAAUAAAUUAUCGUUAAAGAGAAUAUUAAGAAUAUGUAAUAUUUAAUAUUAAAAAAAAAAAUUAUUUAAAAAAAAAAAUAUUUUAUCAGAAGGAAAAAUUGAAUUGAAUUAAUUUUUUUUUUUUUGUGAAAAAAAUUUUCAAUAAAAAAUAAAAUUAGUGUAAAAUGAAAUUAUUAAUAAUUGCAACGUUAUUAAAAAUUGUUUUAUCACAAAUGCAUCAACAUCAUUCAAUGGGAAUUCACUUUAAUGACAAUCAAAAAAAUCAUGUUUAUACUGUUCCCCUUGGUUCCGAGGCGACUUUUCAUUGGAGAGUCGAUUUAAUUGGUGAAAAAAUAAUUGCUGAAGUUCAUUAUAUGGGUGAAGAAAAUUCAUGGUUUGCAAUAGGAUUUUCAAAUUAUGGAGAAUUAAAACCAGCUGAUUAUUGUAUCAUUUGGAUGGACUGGCAUCGUGAUGUAAAAAUUCAGGACGCAUGGGCAAAUGAGGAUGGAUCAAUUAAUUUAGAUACACAGCAGGACUGUGAAAAUUUUGCCGUUCGAAGAAGAGGAAACAUUACAAAAUUUACUUUUACUAGAAAAUUCGAUACUUGUGAUAAUCAUGAUUACAUUAUAGAGAGAGGUACUACUCAUAUGGUUUGGCUGAAGGGUCGUGGACCCCUAUCAUCAUUGGCUGGCCUAACAAUUGAUGACGCCAAAAGUUCAGGCAUGUCAAGAACCGAAAUGUUAAGAAGAAUUCACAAAAAACCCACAUUUCCUGAAAAUACUUGGAAUUUUGAAAUUUUAAAUGACAAUGUCAAAGUUCCCCACGAUGAGACAACAUACUGGUGUCGAGUUCAUAAAUUAUCACCAGAAUUAAGUGAAAAACAUCAUAUUUUACAAUUUGGUCCAGUAAUACAAAAGGGAAAUGAACAUUUGGUUCAUCAUAUGGAAGUUUUUUAUUGCGCAGGACAGGCCGAUUUGGAAAUUCCUUUAUACAAUGGACCAUGUGAUAGUGCGGAUCGUCCUCAAAAAACACAAAUUUGCAAAAAAGUCUUAGCCGCUUGGGCAAUGGGAGCAGAUGCAUUUGUUUAUCCCGAAGACGCUGGAUUGUCAAUUGGAGGUGAAAAUUUUAAUCGUUACGUUAUGCUCGAAGUGCACUAUAAUAAUCCCGAAUUACUCGAAAAUAUGAUCGAUUCAUCGGGUAUACAAUUUUUCCUCACAAAAACACUAAGAAAAUAUGACGCAGGUGUUAUGGAAUUAGGUUUGGAAUACACGGACAAAAUGGCAAUUCCACCCCAACAGGAAGCCUUUCCCUUAUCGGGACAUUGUAUAAUGGAAUGUACUGGUGUUGGUUUACCUCAAAGUGGAAUAAAAAUUUUUGGCUCUCAAUUACAUACACAUUUGACGGGAACAAAAGUUGUCACACGUCACGUGCGAAAUGGCGAGGAAUUACCGCUAUUAAAUUACGAUAAUCAUUAUUCGACGCAUUUUCAGGAAAUUCGACUUUUACCGGAACAUGUGACUAUUUUACCGGGCGAUUCUUUAAUAACUACGUGUACCUAUAAUACAAUGACAAGAAAUAACAUAACUCUUGGAGGAUUUGCAAUAUCCGACGAAAUGUGUGUUAAUUACAUUCAUUAUUAUCCGAAUACUCGUCUUGAGGUUUGUAAGAGUGCCAUUAGCGAUGACGCAUUAAGGACAUAUUUUCGCUAUAUGCACGAAUGGGAAAAUCAAGGAACAAGCAAUGAGAAAGGAAUUUCGGAGAAUUAUCAGAGCAUCGAAUGGACUCGUGUUAGAACAGCUGCCUUACACGAUCUUUAUGAAGCUGCACCUCUUGGAAUGCAAUGUAACGGUUCAGAUGGAUCACGAUUACCCGGAUUGUGGGACAAUAUUGGGGCAACACCGGUACGAUUACCAUUGCCGCCACCAGCACGAGAUUGUCCUGAAUUAGAAAAUGAAAAUAAUUUCGAAAUUUAAUGUACAAAAAAAAAAAAUUAUUAUUAUUAUUAUAAACAAAUACAAAUUUAAACAUAUGUAUUUGGUUUAAAUAAUUAUAUAUAUAUAUAUAUUAAUUGUUAGUAAUAAAGGAAAUUUUUCCUGGACAAAAAUCCUUAAAAUUUUUUUUUUUACAAGUUUAUAAAUUUUUAUAUAUUUUACUUAGUAAUUUUUUUUUUUUUAAUCUUUUUUUUUGGCAGUACAUCCUUCUUUCCGCGAUAGUAAAGUUGAUUUUCUUCUGUGAUGUGCAAUAACAAUCUCAUAUUGCGGAAAAUCAGUAAUAAUAAUAAUAAUUAUAAUAAAAAUCAUAAAAAUAAUAAUAAUACAAUAAUAGUAAUAAUAAUAAUAAUAAUAAUAAUAAUAAUAAUAAUAAUAAUAAUACAAUAAUAAUAAUACAAUAAUUAUAAUAUUAUAAUAAUAAUAAUAAUAAUACAUGUACAAUAUAUAUUUAAUGCUCUAAUAUCAUAUUCGUGAUGGUUAAUCGUCUUUACACUUCGCGAAAAUGUACAAAAAAUGCGCGCACAUUUUCUCGAAAUUUGUUUUUAAUAAAAAAAUUAAAAACAAAUUUCCAAGAAUGUGCGCACAAUAAAGAAAAAUAUUUCGUAUGUAAUAUUGAUAUUACAUUACCUAUACAAAAAGGCGGUUUUUUUUUUUUUUUUUUUUUUUGGAUCACGCACAUUACCA